UGUAAUGCUGAGAGUGUAGCAGGUUGUGUUGUGGGAGGAUGAGAUGAAGCUGAUAUGAGGUCUGCUGGCCUUUAAAAACAAACGAAACAGCAGGCAGCGUGGCGAGAGACAAAGCAUCAAGACUGCAGCCUCCUGUGACGCCAUGGCCCUCAUGUCCUCCAGUCUUCCACUCCUCCUGUUGGCCCUGUGCAGUCUGACUGUGGCUGAAGCCCAGCUGAAGGUGUUUAAACUUCGGGCUACCAAUCUUCCCUCUGACUUGUUGGGAAUCUCAGAUGGCUAUGUCAAGGUGUUCAGUGGCUCAGCCACUCUGGGUCAGACAUCCAUCCGUAACAACAAUGCAAACCCCUGGUGGGAGGAGGAGUUCACCUACUUUAAGGCCCAGCAGAAUGAUAUACUGAGGCUUGAGGUUUAUGACAGUGACGUCAUCUUCGAUGACCAGCUGGGAAUCUGCCAGAGACAAAUCAAGGUGGGAAGCCACGAGCAUGACUGCUACCUGAAGAAAGGAGGGACCCUUCAUUACGCCUAUACCCUUGGUUGAAACAUUCAAUAGGCCUUUAAAGGCAGCCUGUAUUACCACAGCAUGACUACACCUUGAUGUAUGGUUUUAAGUGACUAGUGUGUAGAUUCUCAUUACACAUUCAAGUUCCCAGAAAGAUCUAAACUGCUUCAAUAAACCAUGUGAACAUUGA